GAGCAGUGGGCGCUCAAGGGCUGCCCCGGGAGGUUCUGGGAGGACAAGCCCAAUGCCGGCUUCUCCGGCACGCCGUUGUGGAGGCUACAUGCUGAGCGGGAUGCGCUGCAGCAAGAGGCGGCCAAGAGCAGCAGCAGCGCGUCCGCGAUGCCCGACGGCUUGACCAAGUGCGCCGGGGAGGUGGGCUGGCACUGGAGCGAGAAGCGCCAGGCAUACUGGAAAGAGUCGGACAGACAGUUCUACGUGUGGGACAAGAUCGCGCAGGAGCGCGUGCGCCUGCACGAGUCCGAGGCGCAGAACGUGUCGCUGGCGGUGGGGUCUAACUGCCACGAGCACGCCGCCCAGGUCAAGCACGUGAUCGUGAGGGACCUGCCGAAGGCUGGGCAGGCGCUCAG